AUGCGAACAGAUGAAGAAGGGUUUCUAACAAUGGCCUUGAACAAGAGGAAGUUCACGUAUGCAAUUGGAGUUCCAAGGAAUCUUGGGAGAAUGCAAACCAAAAUCCAAAAGAAGAAGUCGUUCUUGUUUCCCGAUUUACAGGAAACAAUGGAUGCUGCAGUACUUCUUGAAUUCAUGAAGAUCAAAUGGUCAAUAUUGGUUGUUGCAAUAGAUCCUACUUGUCAUAGAUGUGGGGUGGCUAAAGAAUCGAUAGAUCAUCUCCUAUUGGAAUGUCCUUUCACCAAAGCAGUUUGGUAUGAGAGUCUUCUAUCCUAUAUUCCUCCAUCGGAUAGAAUACCAAAAUUGGCGGAGUGGUUGAAUAGUUGGGAUCUAUUGAUACGCCAAGAUAAGAAGGUCAAUCGAGAAUCUCUUUCCCAGUCAGUUAUUACCUCUUCAAACCCUUCUCAAACCAAUUCGGGUGCCAUUUCAAGUAAUGAAGAUGAUCGGUGGAAUGCCCCACCGUUGGGUUUUAUAAAGGCCUUAUCCUCUGCAAUCCAAGGAGAAGCUCUAGCCAUUAGAGAAGCACUAAUGCAAGCUCGUGAAUUAGGAAUCACAUAUCUCCUUGUUGAAUCAGACAACAAGGAGAUUAUUAGCUUUAUUGAAGAUCCUAAUCGUGUUCCGCCGCUUGAUGUUGCAGUUGUCGUUGAAGAUGUUCGUGAGCUACGUUCUCCUGUUGUAUCUGUUUCUUUUCUUUUUGUUUCAAGGACUAUAAAUAUAAUUGCAGAUGCCCUGACAAAGAAGACCCUGUCUAUCAUGUGUAUGACAGAUUGA